AUUCCAUGAGCCACUUCAUUCGUACUUCUUGCUGCAUGCUUGAAUUCUUUGAUGGGAAGGAGUUCUGCCACCCUUCAGAUAUCGAYAAAAAUAUGAACUUAUGAUAGAUUUAUUAUCUCUCACCAUUGAUGAUGGAGUGACCUUCAAAUUGUUCGAUUCCACACAAUAAUUUCGUUGGUAAGUGUCUUAUUCAAAGACUUAGUCCUUCACAAAUUGCUAAAGCKUCAAGAACUUAUAAACGUGAGUGUGUGAAUAACGCACGUAAAGCCAAAAACCAUGCAUAUUCCAUAGGUGCGGAACCGCUUAAACGGGCGCCCAGUACUAUGCAAUUUGCGCCUUCGGGAGGCCAUCCGGCACCUCUCUCGCUCUCUACCUUCCAUUCUGCAUUCAAGUCUUACAUCGAAGGCAAAAUUUCCACUUCACCCUUGUUGCUUUUCCGUCGGUUGCUUAGGUAUCGGGUUACACCCAAUGAUUCUACCUUCUCCUUACUCAUCAAAGCCUUCGUUUUAUCGUCUUCAUCUUCUUCUUUUGCCCCAGCGUCCUCCUCUGAGAAUGCUAAAGCGGAAGCGAAUCAGCUCCAAACCCACUUCGUCAAAUGGGGAUUUGACCAAUUUUUGUAUGUUAGUACCGCUUUUCUCAACUUGUAUUCAAAAUUGGGUCAUGUAAAAGCUGCUCGACGUUUGUUUGAUGAUAUUCCUGAGAAAGAUGUAGUAUUGUGGAAUGCGUUGAUUUCUGGGUACUCACGAAGUGGUUACAGCCAUGAUGCCUUCGAACUAUUUGUCGAAAUGCGCAGAAGGGGUUUUAAACCUCGUCAGAGGACGGUGGUAAGUUUAAUUCCUGCCUGUGGUAGCCAACAAUUAUUCGUUCAAGGAAAAUCCAUCCAUGCGUUAGGUAUUAAGGCUGGCCUAGAUUUGGACUCCCAUGUGAAAAAUGCUCUGGCGUCGAUGUAUGCUAAAUGUUCAGAUGUAGAAGGGGUGGAACUCUUCUUUGGAGAAAUGAUGGAAAAAAGCGUAGUUUCUUGGAAUACUAGGAUUGGGGCAUUUGGGCAAAAUGGGUUCUUCGUGGAGGCAAUGCUUGUUUUCAAACAAAUGCUUGAGGAAAGUGUCAAUGCUAACUCGGUGACGAUGGUGACUAUCUUGUCUGCAAAUGCAAAUCCAGGAUCUAUCCAUUGUUAUGCUACCAAAACUGGUCUUGUGGAAAAUGUUUCCGUGGUUACCUCUCUAGUUUGCUCGUAUGUAAGAUGUGGAAACAUACAAAUAGCAGAAUUGAUUUAUAUGUCACUACUCCAGAAAGAUUUGGUUUCCUUAACUGCAAUUAUUUCAAGCUACGCUGAGAAAGGAGACAUUAAAUCUGUGGUGAAGUUGUAUUCCCGAAUGCAGCAUCUAGACAUGAAACUAGAUGCAGUUGCAAUGAUUGGCAUAAUCCAAGGAAUUACAUAUCCUGAUCACUUUGGCAUUGGACUUACUUUCCACGGUUAUGGGCUAAAGAGUGGGUUAAUAAUUGAUUGUUUGGUUGCAAAUGGUUUCAUAAGCAUGUACUCGAAGUUCGACGAUAUUGCUGCAGUGUUUUCUUUAUUUCAUGAGAUGCAUGAAAAGACAUUGAGCAGCUGGAAUACUGUGAUAUCUAGCUGUGCACAGGCAGGAAGAUCAAUUGAUGCCAUGGUUUUGUUUUCCAAAAUGAAGUUGUCAGGUUAUGGGCCAGAUUCAAUUACAAUUGCUAGUUUACUAUCUGCUUGUUGCCAAAAUGGGAAUUUGCAUUUUGGUGAGAGACUUCAUUGCUAUAAUCUAAGAAACAAUCUGGAUUUGGAAGGUUUUGUUGGAACUGCUCUUGUAGACAUGUACGUCAAGUGUGGCAGAUUGGACUUUGCUGAAAGGGUGUUUAAGAGCAUGAAAGAGCCAUGUUUAGCUUCAUGGAACUCGAUGAUCUCAGGGUACGGUUUAUUUGGGUUUGACAACCAUGCCCUCCUUUGUUACACUAAAAUGAUAGAGAAGGGGAUAAAACCCAAUAAAAUCACUUUCUCAGGAAUUUUAGCUGCUUGUACUCAUGGAGGACUUGUUAGAGAAGGUAAAACAUACUUCAAAAUCAUGAUGGAAGAAUUUGGUAUAGCGCCUGAAUUGCAACAUUGCGCAUCCAUGGUUGGCUUGCUUGGUCGGGCGGGCUUAUUUGAGGAGGCAAUUGUGUUUAUCAAGAACAUGGAAAUCAAUCCAGAUUCUGCAGUGUGGGGAGCUUUGCUCAGUGCUUGCUGCAUUCACCAGGAAGUUAAGCUUGGGGAAUCUGUGGCCAAGAAGUUGCUUUUCUCAAACUGUAGAAAUGGGGGAUUCUUUGUAUUGAUGUCAAACCUUUAUGCAGCAUCAAGGAGGUGGAAUGAUGUAGCAAGAGUCAGAAAGAUGAUGAGAGAAAUGGGAGAAGAUGGAUGUUCAGGUGUUAGCCUUAUGGAAUGGACUUCUUUGGAAGAUACAGACAGAGACUUGUACUGGUGAGAAUUUGAUUAGAAGGGAUAUACCUGGCAUUGGCAGCCUGCAUUUCACUUUUGAGCCCUCAUUCUGAUCAUAUAUACUAGGCAUUUGACAAGUGUAGUGCAAGUGAUUUAAUCAUUUAA